UUUUAUUGUCACUUAAAACAACUUAAAACACUCGACUCGUUUGUGAACGUCACAUCUCUAGUGUUCUCUGAUGACGUUUACAAGCUGCGACGGAGAGUCCGACAGACUAGAGGGAUGGAAUGUAGUCAGAGCCCACAGGUUGUGUGGAAAUAAAGUUUCUCCGUGACCCUCUGUGGAUAGAAGGAGGUCUGCGUAGGAGCCCGUAUUGUUUUCAGGUGGAUUUACAUGAUGGAAUGGAGCGAGUGUUGAGUUUGAGCAGUUGGAGACGGAGGAGUUGAACAUGGAGCAGCAUUAGUCCGCAGAUAGCCCCAGGCAGCAGAGCCACAACCAGAUGGAGGAGAGUCCCACGGCAGAGUGAAGUGUUCCACAGUCCGACUGGAUAGAACAGCACAGGAGAAAACUGUGGAGGGAGGAAAGAAGCCGAAGGUGGAUUUUAAGUGAAACCUGAAAGUUGGAUCAGGAGAGGAUCACCUGAUUACAGCAAAUAUGGAUGGAAAACUCACUUGUGACCAGUGUGGGAAGACUUACACCCACAUGCAUCACUUUAAGACACAUCUACACAGCCACAGUGGAGAAACACCAUAUUACUGUAAACAGUGUGGGAACACUUUCACCGAAGCAUCAACCCUUAGGACACACCUGCGCAUCCACAACAGAGAAAGACCAUAUUCAUGUGAGUGUGGAAAGGCUUUCACCACCAGGAGUAACUUUAAGAAACACCUACGCAUCCACAGUGGAGAAAGACCACAUGAGUGUGACCAGUGUGGGAAGACUUUCAUUGAUGUGAGUAACUUUAAGAAACACCUACGCAUCCACAGUGGAGAAAGACCAUAUCACUGUGAACACUGUGGGAAGACUUUCACCCAAAUGUUUGUCCUUAAGACACACCUACGCAUCCACAGUGGACAAAGACCAUAUGACUGUGAACAGUGUGGGAAGACUUUCACCCAGAUGAGUAACCUGAAGACACACCUACGCAUCCACAGUGAAGAAACACCAUAUGAGUGUGACCAGUGUGGGAAAACUUUCACCCAAGCGUCUACCCUUAGGACACACCUACGCAUCCACAGUGGAGAAAGACCAUAUUCAUGUGAGUGUGGAAAGGCUUUCACCACCAGGAGUUACUUUAAGAAACAUUUACGCACCCACAGUGGAGAAAGACCAUAUGCGUGUGGCCAGUGUGGGAAGACGUUCACUGAUAUGAGUACUCUCAAGAGACAUUUACGCAUCCACAGUGGAGAAAGACCAUAUCACUGUGAACAGUGUGGGAAAACUUUCAGACAAUCAAGUUCCCUAAAAACCCACCAACGUAUCCACACUGGAGAAAGACCAUAUGAGUGUGACCAGUGUGGAAAUGCUUUCACCACAGCAAGUGACUUAAAAAAACACCAAAGCAUCCACACUGGAGAAAGACCAUAUGAGUGUGACCAGUGUGGAAAUGCUUUCACCAGAGCAAGUUCCCUAAAAAUCCACCAACGCAGCCACACUGGAGAAAGACCAUAUGAGUGUGACCAGUGUGGAAAGACUUUCACCACAGCACGUGACCUAAAAAUCCACAAACGCAUCCACAGUGGCGAAAGACCAUAUGAGUGUGACCAUUGUGGAAAGACUUUCACCACAGCAAGUUACUUAAAAAUCCACCAACGCAUCCACACUGGAGAAAAACCAUAUGAGUGUGAGCAGUGUGGGAAGACUUUCACCACAGCAGGUGACCUAAAAAUCCACAAACGCAUCCACACUGGAGAAAGACCAUAUGAGUGUGACCAAUGUGGAGAGAGUUUCACCCAAAGGAAUGUGCUUAAAGCUCACCAACGGAGCCACACUGGAGAAAGACCAUAUGAGUGUGACCAGUGUGGAAAUGCUUUCACCACAGCAAGUGACCUAAAAAUCCACCUACGCAUCCACAAUGGAGAAAGACCAUAUGAAUGUGAACAGUGUGGAAAUGCUUUCAUCAGAGCAAGUUACCUAAAGAUCCACCAACGCAUCCACAGUGGAGAAAGAUCAUAUGAGUGUGAUCAGUGUGGAAAUGCUUUCACCACAGCAAGUUACCUAAAAAUCCACCAACGCAUCCACACUGGACAAAAACCAUAUGCCUGUGACCAAUGCGGAAAGAAUUUCACCCAAAUGAGUGGGCUGAAAUAUCACCAACGCAUUCACACUGGAGAAAGACCAUAUUACUGUGACCUGUGUGGAAAUGCUUUCACCACAGCAAGUAACCUAAAAAUCCACCAACGCAUCCACACUGGAGAGAAACCCUACCAGUGCAGAUUCUGUGACAGAUCUUUUAUCACAGGUUCAAAAUGUACUAAACAUGAACUUGUCAAACAUUUCCUCAAAGGACAAAAACUGAACAGUCGUACAAAAAGUAAGACAUUGGACUCUAGUGGAAAGAGUCAGUGUCAUAACACACCUAAACAGUUUGAAUGUUUCCAGUAUGAUGAAAGAUUCUCGUCAUCCUCUGCCCUCUGCUAUCAUCAGCGCAGAUGUGAAUCAUCAACGUCUGGACCAAAAUGUCCCUCAGCAUCAGAUGACAAGAAGAAACACAGUGUGUGUGAACCAGCAGCACCCACUUCUGACAAGAACAUCAGACUUAAAAACCUCCAGAUCAGACUUCACAGAAUCCAGAUGUGAAGACAAACAUCAGACUGAAGGCUGUGUUUUGUUGUCCUCAGAGUACAGAAGUGUGUUCUAAUGCACCACCUUCACAAAACAGUGAUGUUACUGAAUCUCAACCUGCCACGAAGUGAAAAGUUCAAUUAGUGGAGGUCAACAAGGACCUGGUUUCUAUGGUGAUACUACUUCUCAUUGACCCUGUGGACUUUAAUCAGUACCUUGUUGUUGUGAUUCUGUUGCUGGUUGGGGUUCACACAGUUGGAUUUACAUCAGUUAGAAACAUGAUGAACAUAAUAUAACUGAGACAGAAUGACUGAUGAGCUGGUAGUGGUUUAGUCCCAAACUGAGGCCGACAACAUGAAGGAGAUCACAUUCCAUUGGAGGAGGAAGUCUGUUUAGCAGAAAGUUCACAACCACCAAAGGAGACGUCACAAUGAGUCAGUGCUCCAUCUAGUGGUCCAAUCUGGUACUGGUCUGGUCCAGUGUUUACCUGAACAUCAAACUGGAUUCAACAUUUUUCCGCUGGUCUAACCCUGACCUGCAGAAUGUGUUUGAUUUGACUGAAAAUGUGUUGAACUGCUGAUGACUGUGGUAAAGAAGAACCACUGGAUGAAUCAGAAAGUUCAGGACAUCAAUGGAACUGGAACAAACAUUUAGUCAUGUUCUGUUGUUCAAUGUUCUACUUAAUCACCUUGUUUUAUUCUAAUUCUAAAGUGGACCUGAAACAUGAGACAAAAGUAUUUACCAUAAUCACCCUUUAACAGCAUCCACUAAUUAUUUGUUCAAUUACUUCUUAAUGUUUGGCUUUUUCCGUUUAUUGAAUGAAUGAAUUGUUUAUUUUGGUUUGUACGUUAAUCUUUGCACAUAGUACAAUAAUUGGAAUAAACAUAAAAACCAAAGAAGGAAUAGGUUAGAAGCAAAAGCUUAUUUUAGUGCCUCUCCUUUUCCCCUGAUCCACUGCUGACAUUAAAUUAAAUAUGUUCAGCAUCGAGCAUUCUCAUUAUAACCAACGAAUCAACAACAA